AUGGAUCUCAAGUUUAUAGAUUUUGAUGGGUUAUCUGAUAUAGAGAUACUCAAUAUAAGGAAUAUUCUUCAUUGUGACAGUAAAAAUAAUACAGAAAGUAAAACUGAUACUAAUUCAGUUGAGGAAAUAGAAAUUCCAGUGGAGAUACAAAACAAUACAAAUGUUUGGUACAACAUUAUGACGCCAUAUGUACCUUCGGUAAUUACGAAUAGUAUCGUAUGCAACGAAUCUUGGCAGUCUUCAUCAAUGUACAAUGUUCCCACUAACGGCCACAUGCCACCUGCAUUUAUACACGGAAUGGCCUAUCCUUCAUCCGAAUACAAUGUCGUCCCAGAAGUACACCAUGAUGUAAAUUACUCUAAAGACAAUGGCAGACGAAAUAACCGAGUAAAAGGUUCAAGGAAGGACAAUUACAAUCACACGUUUAAUCAUACCAACGAAAUGCAAACUAGAUACAUGAAUGACGAGAGAUUUCUGCAAUCAGUGCCACUUUACUUGCAUGUUUAUCCUGAACAUCACACCGUGCCUCCGCAACCCCCAAUAACUGGACAAAUCUAUUACGCGACUCCCAUAUACUCACAAUCAGUACAUCCAUACACUGUACAUUCAACCUAUUCACAUAAUAUAACACAUCAUCCAACGCAUAAUGCAACGCAUCAUCCAGCACAUCAACCAGACAGUACAUUCGUGCUACAAUCGCAUUCAGUGCUGCCGAUUCAAGAUCCAAAUCCACCAACUACGAAGCCAUUAACCACAUCUACACAACAAAAUACAUGUCCUUCCGCUAAACCAACGAGUAAACAAGCCACUGGGGAUGAUAAAAAAUGUGCGCAUUCCAACACUAACAAUGGCAAUAACAAGGUACAGCCAGUUCAAAAGAAGACAACGCAUAACAUUAAAUCGAGCAUAAAUACCAACUGUAAGGUUGAAGAAAAUAGCGUAAUUACGGAUGUAAAUAUUGAAGUUAAUGUGGAAGUAAAGCAAAAUGGAGAAACGGAAAAUAAGGAUGAGGAUGAAAACGUAUCUACUGUUACAACUACUGUAACGGAGUCUAACAUCAAAGUAGAUGAAAUUGAAAUGAAAGUUGAGGAAAAUGUUACACUAACAAAUGACCAAACUAAGAAUAUUAUCAAGAGGACGAAUGAUUCUUCAGUCAUGUUAAAUGUCACAUCAUCUGCAUCUGUACUUGUUGAUACGACUUCCUCAGCUAAACGAAGUUGGGCAAGUCUCUUCAACAAUACUGAGCCAAAAGUGUCUUCCGCAUCUCAAAUAACAAUAUACAAUGCAGUCCCAGUACAGAAUGGUAUAAUAAAAGCGACCGAAAAGACAACGAUAGUCGCUAGUCCUGUAGCUACACAUCAAAAUGCUUCAUCCAAUAAUUCAUCCGAACCUAAGGCUCUACAGAAUGGUGAAUUAGAAGGUUUUUAUGAUGAUCCCAAUCUAUUUAGGAUGGGAGAAUUUCUAUUACAAUAUCAGAUGAACAUGCAGACUGUUAGUUUGGUACCUAGAGGAUUGACAAAUCGCAACAAUUAUUGCUACAUCAAUAGCAUCUUACAAGCUUUAAUGUCUUGUUCACUGUUUUAUAAUCUUUUCAAAGCGAUGCCACAUCCUAAGAAUUGCAACAAGCAGAAUAAGCACUCUACUAUACCCUCAAUCAAUAGUCUGAUAAGAUUUAUUCGUGAAUUUAAUCCCUUGCCGGAGAAUGCUCGUUUGCCCAGAAAAGCCAGAGCUAAUAAGCGAGAUGAUAUCAUUAUUGAAAACGGUGUUGCUUUGGAGCCUUCGUACAUGUAUACAAUGCUUAAGUACACUUCUUCUGCCGGUGUCUUUCCCGUGGAAGGACGACAGGAAGAUGCAGAAGAAUUUUUAUCGUGUCUUUUAAAUGCUAUCAACGACGAAAUGCUUGACUUGAUGAAACUAGCUAACAAUGAGCAUAACGACAUCAAUAAUGCAGAGAAGAAUGAUGGAAAGGAAGAAGAAUGGAGAGUAAUAGGCCCAAAAAAUAAGGGUUCUAUUACUAGAUCUACCGAAUUAGAACGAACCCCAUUGUCAGAUAUAUUCCGAGGAAAAUCACGAUCGAGAGUAUCACGUCCUGGCGAACAACCGUCCGAUAAUAUACAACCAUUUUUCACUCUACAACUUGAUAUCGAGAAAGCCGAUUCGGUUAAAGAAGCUCUCGAUAUCCUUGUGAGUAAGGACAGACUGGAAGGUAUGACUUGCUCGAAAACGAAAAAACAAAUAGAGGCCUGGAAGCAAAUGACGCUGGAAGAGUUACCGGCCGUUUUAAUACUUCAUUUAAAAUGGUUCGUCUAUAAAUAUAACGGAUGUUCAAAAUUGAUUAAAUCCGUAGAAUUUCCGAUUGAUCUUAAAAUUGACAACAAAUUCCUGUCGGCAAGUACGGCGAAAAAACUGUCGCCGAAACAAAAACAAUAUAAAUUAUUUGCUGUCACCUAUCACGAUGGAAAAGAAGCGACAAAGGGCCAUUACGUAACGGACUGUUUCCACGUCGGUUAUGGGACCUGGGUGCGAUAUGACGAUACCUCCGCAAAAGCUAUAUCGGAAGGUACUGUUUUAAAACCUGUACCUCCCCGAGUACCGUACCUAUUGUAUUACCGCCGAUGUGAUACAAUAGGUAAUAACAAUACCCAUAGCAAAUAAUGCCAACAUAGCAAAAUAGCACAUUCUUGUUGAUAUUUAUAUACAAAAAUACGAAAGAGUUUGUUGUCCAUUAAAGAUAAGGAAAGAGAAUAUUUCCGUUUACUUACUGUCUUUCCACAAAAUAUUUCUACGGAGAUUGUUGUUAAAGACUAUAAAUAGUUUUCUCGAAUUAUGAAUUAGACAUAGACAGAGUUAAGGCUAUAAUAGUGUUCCAAUUUGGAUUCAUAUUUUUAGUGGAUCUAAAUAACGUUAUGUACUAUAUACUUUAUACGUUACAAUUUAUAAAGUACUAAAAGAGACUUGUG